UUAUACAAGUCUUUAACACAUUCUAUUUCUGUAUUUAUAAAAGUUAUAGACUUGGUAGUACAAGGUCAAUCACCCGAAAUUUGCAAGAUACCCGGGGUACUAUGGCCCGCAAUAUACGGUAUAAAGAAAUUACUCUAA